AUGUCCCAAGGAAGACUAGCAAAUCAAUGCACUAUUGUAACCGGUGGUAGUAGUGGAAUAGGUCGGGCGAUCUGCCAAGUUUUUGCCAGGGAAGGCGCUAGUGUUGCAGUUCUGGGCCGAAACCUUCAAAGACUUUCUGAAACGAUGAAUACUUUGCCAACUAACCAUGGAAAUAAACAUUGCAUGAUACAAGCUGAUGUGGGCUCUGCUGAGCAAGUAGCAAGAGCUUUUGAAGAAGCAACGAGACAGAUGGACAAGAAGAUCACAAUCCUUGUAAAUAACGCAGGGAUACUGAGAAGACAUUUCCUGAUGGCCAAAGAAUUUGUAAAAUCACUAUCGGAAGUGGACAAAACUCAAGAAUUUUGUUGCAUAGUCAAUGUAUCCAGCCUAGUUGGCAUUAGAGGUUUCCCAUUAUAUGCUGGAUAUUCCGCGACUAAAGCUGGAAUAAUUGGGUUGACGAAAUGCAUCGCAUCAGAAUAUUCAAAACACAAAAUCCGCUGUAAUGUUGUUGUGCCGGGAGUGAUUGAAACACCUAUGAUUGAUAUUGUAACUGAAGAUGAUAAAGCUAAUGCUAUUGCGAAAAUACCAAUGCAAAGAUUUGGUGAACCCAAAGAAGUAGCAAAUGCCUGUUUGUUUCUGGCAUCAAAUGAAAGUUCAUAUGUCAAUGGGGCUUGUUUGGAAGUUACAGGCGGAUUGUUGGCAUGA